AUAUCAGUGGAAUUUUGACUUUAAACAGUUAGUUUUUUGUUAAAAAUUCUUUUGUUUCAAUAGUUGAUAAAUAAAAAAAAUACUUGUGAAAAUGGAUGUGGAAGGCUACGUGAGAGUUGGACUUGAUUUCGGUGGAGAUUCUUGCAGGGUUUCAGUUGUUGAUAAUAACAACAAGAUUAAUCUUCAUGUUAAUCGGCUUGCAAACAGACAAACUCCCUCAAUUAUUUCAUUUGAUAAAAGGCUUAGGAUUUAUGGAGAAGAAGCUGAAGCCAGGUCAUCAACUUUGUUCAGAAAUACUAUCCCACUACUACCAUAUAUCGUGGGUUUGGGGAAAGAAGAAUUGUUAAAAUACGUGAAGGAACACCGUUAUUUGUUUUUAUCGGACGUUGAUGAGGCCACGGGAUCGUUUAAAGUAACUUUUGACGAUUCUCCUCUACUCGUUCACCCCUUUGAAGCCUACGCUUUCUUUGUAAAUAAACUUCUACAUACUGUUAGAACUCAAUUCAACUGUACAAAUGACAGUAAUGAGAAGAUUAUGCUAUCAAUUGCAGUGCCAACUUACCUUACAGAACAGUUUAAGAAAUCUGUACAAUAUUCUCUUUCAUUACUGAAACUGAAGGAAGUGAAAUUAUUCAAAGAAUCGGAAUGUAUAUUGAAGAGAUGGUCGGAUUCUCAAUUGCCAGACGCAUAUAAUGAGUUUGUAAACUUAAAAGGCACUCAGAACGGUGAAACUGGAGUGAAUCAACGGAUGAGAGUUGUGUUUUUGGAUGUUGGAUUUGUUCAUACAACUUUUUUUGUGGCUGAAAUCGCCUCAGAAGAAUCAACGUUGACAGCCAAAAUUAUCUCAGAAUCGUCAACAGACACUAUAGGAACAUAUCAAGUUUUUGAGGUUUUAUGUGAUUACAUUAAACAGCAAAUUGAAAAGAAUUAUAAUACUAAACUUGAAAUUCCGUCAAGACAGUCAUAUUAUCUAUACAAAUCAUGUGUAAAAUGUGUAAAAGAAUUGAGUGUGUUAAAUGACGUAAAACUAGAUGUUGAAAGAGUAUUACCAAAUGAUGACGAUUUCUCCACUAUUGUCGCCAGACAACAAUUACACUUACUCACACAGCCCAUUCAAAAUGGAUUAAAUAAUUUGAUGAAGGAAGUAAUGAGUAAAGUGGAUGAAGGGGUGGGAUAUUAUUCAUUUGAAAUGUUAGGCGGGGGUUCAAGAAUGCCUUUUAUUAAGGACCUUGCAACGGAAUAUUCAGGCUUAUUGAACUGCGUCAGAGGUGUUAGAACAUCACUUGAUACUACCUCAGCAGUGUCGUACGGGGCUACAAGUCUUUUGGUUAAUUCCAUGGGACAAACAACACAGACUGAGACCACUUACCCAGAUCCAGCUCAUUAUAAUGAAAUGCUAGAACGUGAGAAAUAUGUAAGAAAUGUGGAACAGGAAGAAAUGAAUAAGAUGAUGAUAUUAAAUGAGAUUGAUAAUUACGUGAUAAAGACAAGAAAUGACUUGACAGGUACUUAUAAGCACACAGUUGAUCCAGAAACUAUGGAGAAAAUUGGUGCACUUUUAGAUGGUCUACAGUCAUUCAGUACCCAGUCAAUAAGUGACAAAAGCGUCACUUCAGAAUCGUGUACUAAUUCAUUAUCAAGUGUACAAGAAAAAGUUAAAGAAUUGGCACCAGAUUACCUACUAAAACUUGAAAAAGAUGCUGAACAGAGGUUAAAGGAUCAGAAACUGAGUGAGAGUUUGCCAAUAAAUCAUGUACAAAAGGAAGUUGAUAUGGAUGUUGUGUUGCCAAAUGGGACCUGUAUAAAAAGAGCACAAAAGAAUAAGGAUGAAGGAAAUGAGUUAAUAGGGGCAGGGAACGUAGAACUUGCAAUUCAACACUACAUCAAGGUUAUUCAGUACUGUGCCAAAGUAACUAACCCAAAUCAAGAUGAAAAAACUGUCAUCAAUCAACUCAGAUUAGCAACAAACUUAAAUCUAGCCAUGUGUUACUUGAGAAUGGAUGUACCAGCGAGUUAUAAUAAAGCAGUGUCAUGUUGUACUUCAGCUCUUGAUAUAAGCCCAAAGAACACCAAGGCGUUGUUCAGAAGAGCAGUGGCCUAUGAAAAGUUAAAUGAUUUUGAAAAUUCCCUAAAAGACGCCAAUCAAGGAUUACAACUGGACGCUAAUAAUCAAGAUUUCAAAAUUAUAUGUGAUCGAGUGGAGAAGAAGAUAAAGUUGGAGCUACAAAAGCAGAAGAAAAUGUUCUCUAAAAUGUUUGGUUAAAUGGAUAAUUACAAUAAACUACUCAAGAGGGAUGUAAAGUAUAUGAAAAGAGUUGACCGUUUGGCUAGAAGAGUGAAACAUGUUUUAUUCUUUACACAUCCGGCUUCUUUAAACUCAAGUGUCAGUGAUUUUACAAAGUCAACGUCACUGGAUACCAGAUACAACUCCAACUCGUCCUACUCAUUAAGUUAUAGUGAUUCAAACACCAUUGGAGACAAUUAUGGUUACGGAGAUAAUGAUAGUAUAUCAUAUGAUAAUAAUAUGGUGUACAAUAAUAGUAUAGUAAACAAUAGUGUUGAUAAUAGUGUGGAAUCAGAUGAGUAUGAAACGAUAGAGUAUAAUGAUAUGAAUGUGCCCAUGAUAAUAAAGUCAACAACAGAAUGUAAGCAGGAGUUGAUAUCCAAGAUAAACUUUUCAUACGCAAGCCCAGAACAAGUUAAAACAGUAUACGGUUUAUCUCCUAUUGAUUACAGAAUCAACGCACUAAAACUAGCUCUUGACCAAUUAAACAACUUACCAGUUCAUGACAUUUAAUCUCAUAAUACUAUAAA